AUGCAAGCUGCUAUUUAUGAAGCAGUUGACGAGAACGAUGGUGAUCCAACAGCCUUAACAGUUAGUGGAGAUGGAACGUGGCAAAGACGUGGCUUUAAGAGUAUACACGGAGAGGCUGCUAUUUUAUUAUGUAACAGAACACCAAAAGUACUCGAUGUUGAACGUUUAUCAAAAAAAUGUUUGCUAUGCACUGGUGCAUUGAGUAUUAAAAAUAAAAAUCCAGAUUUAUAUGAUGAAAUUAUUUAUAAUCAUGAAUGUGAAUCAAAUUAUGAUGGUUCAUCUGGAGGUAUGGAAUCACAAGGUAUUCAUGAUUUAUUUCAACGUUCCUUGUCGAAAUAUGGCGUACAGUACGCUCGAAAUGAUGAUAAAGUUCAAGUUUUAUUACGCAAAAGUGAUCAAUGA